AUGGCAUCAGAUCGCACGAACAAGAGAUUAUCCAGAGACGUAACAAAUGAUGAGACCAUUAGCAUUCUAGAUCCUCGGAGAUUUACCCCAACACUCCAUGCGAACCUAGUCUCGGAGAUUCUGGCGUUGAGAAGGGAUCAAGAUGAGAAGACGAAGCAAAUCGAGAACCUAGAGAAUGCCCUGCACUCGGUCAAGGAAGAACAUGAACAACUACAAGAGAGUUUUACUUCCUCCUCAAAGGAGAGUCGGUCUUUGAAACGACAACUUUCGCUUCUCGAGGGCGGGUCGUCAUCCGCGCUUGUAGAACUCGCUCAAGAACGAGACGCGGCCGUUGAUUCUAUUUCCGAGACAAAAAAGAGGCUGGACUGGGCGCAAAGGAAGAUUCGCAGCCAAGAAGAUGACUCUCAGCGAGUUCAUGAGCUCUGGGCACAGGAAAAAGAUGGCUGGGAGGAUGAACGCCGAAAGUAUGAGCGAAAGCUACAUAUUGCGGAGAGUCGUCUGAAGAUGGUCAUCGAUGAAAUUGCCGCCUUUCAACCUAGUACCGUGGACGGAACUCCAUAUAGUGCUCUUCAUGACCACGAGAGCGACGCGGAAGAAAGUGAGAAAGAGAAUGACGCUGUCAGCGUUAGGACAAUGAGUAUGACCAACAGCAUUCGACACUCUCCGAUAAGUGGUCCAAUACCGUAUCCCGGCAAUUCGCUAGCUGAUGAACUGAACUUUGAUGACGACCAGACAGAUGCUGAUGGACGUGAGAGCGCCUUGUCCAUGCAAACAAGCCCAAAACACAUACGAACUUUCAGUCGUGAUAGUGUGACUGAAAGAUUUCACUUCAGAAACCAGAGCAUUGAAAGCUUGAGGCGCCCGGCAAGUGUGGCUCGGGGCAGGCUUUUCAUGAACCCAGCUGUCCUUGAAGCAUUGGAAGGCGUGGAUGAAGAGAUGGAAUCACAGGCUCCUCAGACAACAGCACCGAGGGUAUCUUACAUGGACACCGGCAUACAGUAUUCUCCACCCCCUUCACCCUCAGCUCUUCGAUUCAGAUCAGCGACUCCAGUUGCCGCCUGUCAGCUUCCUAAGAAGUCAGAACAUGACACACCUAGUCGGGCAGAUACAGAAGUUGAGGCGAACCAGCGCAAGAAGAGGGUGCAGGUCGUUCAGCCGCUAAGUAUCGGGCCUCCAAACUAUGACAACAAAAUGAUCUCCGCAGCUGCUCAGACCAUGGAGAUGCCGCUCAGCCCGCCUAAAACACCGCAGACACCGUUUAUUGAGCUUCAAACCUCGGAAAAGGUUCCUGUGUUGGUCACAUCCUCAACACAGACAGAAGAAGCACCAGAGGCUCCCGAUGUAGGCGCUUCCUUACCUUCGAAAAGGGCGCCCUCUCCGCCCCCGUUGCGUAUUCCCACUAUCAACAUCCAGCCCCCGACGAGCCGGCCAACUACUCCGCAAGAGCCUCGCCUGCCGCAGCACUUCAAGCAUUUUGGAUGCCAAGUAAAUCUUUCAUCCAUGCUUCCAACUAGCGAUGCUUCUAUGCAGACUGAAGGCAUCCAAGUCGAUAAAAGACUGGCCCUUUUGCCAGCGCAUCUGCAGCCCUCGUCCAUAUCAUCGUGUCCAAUUUCGCCCAACGCUUCAAAGACAAAAUCAGACAAUGACUUCACCCCGGUCCCGCCACGAAACCCGAAGCGAUUGACAAAUAGUCAUGACCAGGCUGACUUGGCAUCGUCUCCUGUCACUUCUCGAGGAGACGACGAGAAGCUCCGAGACAGCUCUCUGAGUUUACAUGACGACAGCCAAGCGCCAUUUCAAAGAGGAACCACUAGACAUAGCAACCGUGUUAGCAGCAUUUUUGCUGGCUUUGAUACCGCUAGUUCUGAGGAAGGUGACGAAUUCGGUGAUCUAGAUGGCAGUGACGCGGAAUUUCGAACUGCUUUGUCUGCACCUAAACCACCGUCAAAUUCGACUAGGUCGACAAAGCGAGGAUCUAUUGGAGCCGCAACCACAGCAUCUGAACAGCACAGGGUCAGACCGUUGAUUAGAAGUCAAGUGAAGCCUGUCGGUACCGAAGUACACGGCUCCAUCGACCUUGCGGACAAGGAGAAUCGCUCCAAGGGACUUCACAAGAAGUUGUUGAGUCGAGCUCCUGAAAAGCCACUGCAUGCACCAACAUCGAGUUCACUGAAUCGUACCAGCACAAUACGGAAGGCAGCCAUCAUUCAGAGCGGGAUCGCUACACAGAAAAGUCGCUCCAGAAGUCCCAGUCAUCCCGAUGGCAAGCAUCCUCCGUUUCCUAUACCUAACCGUGCAAGCUCGCGAAGGUCACAAAUUGGUCUCUAUUCGCCGAGCGAGGGCCAUGAAAGUCCCACGAGGGGAGAAAUGUGGCACCGUAGAGGUAGUAGUAGCCGUUCGUCUUAUCAGUCGCACAGCAUCCGCAAAGUUCGCUCUGCUGCUGCCUUACCGAGAGCUCAUCGAUACCGUAAGCACGGAAGUAGAUCGCCGCCGCCAUUGUCUCCAUCAACCGAGGCACCGGAAAGCCCUGGCUUGCCACCUCUGCCUCAGAACGAUAUAACUACUCCACGCAGUCGACAUGACAAGAUCCUCUCCAGCUAUCGCAAACAUCGGCAUGGCCUGUCUAUCAACACGGACAACACUAACAACACCGGGCCUACAACAGACGCUAGUUCUUCUCACACGAUAAGUGUUGUUGACGCUAUUGCCCAAACCAUGGUGGGUGAGUGGAUGCUGAAGUAUGUUCGACGACGCAAGUCCUUUAGUGUUCCUGAAAACACGGGCAAGGACGACAGCAGCAACGACCGGCACAGGAGAUGGGUUUGGCUCGCACCCUAUGAAAGGUCCAUACUCUGGAGUAGCAAACAACCCUCGUCAGGCAACGCCUUGUUAGGCAAGACUGGCCGCAAACUCACAAUCCAGUCAGUCCUGGAUGUCAAGGAUGAUAAUCCAGCCCCCAAGGUCAUGCCCACAGUUUUCAACCGCUCGAUUUUGAUUUUGACACCUCAAAGAGCCUUGAAAUUUACGGCGUCAUCAGUCGAGAGGCAUUAUCUUUGGCUCACGGCGCUGUCAUUCCUGGCUCAUUCGUCCCAAGCGGUGCCCGAGAUCAUCUCGGCUCCUCAUUUGAAUACGAAGGAGCACCGGCAGCAUCAGCACCAGCCGCCGCCCGAUUUUGAAGCACCACAGCCAAAACAUAAACGAGGCGGCAUACGAGACUCUAUUAGGCUCGCCAAAGGUAGAACGGCCGCCAAGAUUGGCGUUCCCAUUGUACCUAGUAUUCCGAGUGCUCCAUCGUCUCGAAUGAGCGAGGCUACCGGACUUUGUGGCCAUGGAUCUUCAUCAGCGGGCUUUGGGGGACACAGCCGAGAGCAGUCUGGAGAAGCGGCAGAGCCGCCGUUCAUCCCUCGAUUCUCAGAGCGAAGCGUUCACCCCAGCGGGACUCACGGUCGAAAACGAAGCAACACAGGAGGGCAUGUGGCGCCUCCGUUAUCAUUUAGAGGGUUUUCUGGACCGGCAGGAGCCGGUAGCGGACCUCAGCACUCUGGCCAGAGUACAGCAAAUGAAAGUCUUGAUACGACGAUGUCAUCUGAAGCGCAUCCGAGCCAAGCGUCUACCAACACGACUUGGAACAUGAGUCAAACAGCAUCAUCGCAGCGCACAUCCGAGGCAUCAUCUAGGCCUAGUAACUUUUUCGAUGCCAUUGGAACUGUUAGAAUGGAAGCAUUCAUAAGUCCACUGGCCUACUCUCAGUACAACGAGUACCCCGAUGAACAGAGUGAAUAUUAUCGUAAAAGCUCCAGACGACGAAGCAAGGAGAUUCGGAGGAGGAACAGCCGCAACCGACAGCGGGACAGCAGCAAACCGUGCAGAAGAGGAAGAGACGAGGAAGCCUACAGCAGAGGAAGAUGCUCUGAGGAGGAAGAUUACUUUCUUCGUGACGACCCUUUCAAGGGAUUUUAG